UGUCCAUAAAUGAUGAUGUCCUUGAAUACAGUACUGACACUCUUGGAGAUAUAGACCUGGAAAACAUCAGCGGGUUGUCUGAGCAGCUGGCUUCAUGGGUCAUGGAUUUACUUGAUGACAGUGAUUCAGACGUCAGCAAUAACCAAUAUAAUAUGGAUGAGACCACAGCUGAUCAACACUCCUCAUUGGAUAAACUGACAGAUAACCAGUCCUCGAUGACAGUUAAACCCAUGGAUGUCCAAACUUUUGCUUCAGUUCAACCGGAAGAGGCUCUGAUGUCCAACUUGCAGGACAACAGUGAACAGAGCAACAAUAGUAUUGUUGUGUCUAAGGAUGAGACCACAGCUGAUCAACACUCCUUAUUGGAUAAACUGACAGAUAACCAGUCCUCGAUGACAGUUAAACCCAUGGAUGUCCAACCUUUUGCUUCAGUUCAACCGGAAGAGGCUCUGAUGUCCAACUUGCAGGAUAACAGUGAACAGAGCAACAAUAGUAUUGUUGUGUCUAAGGAUGAGACCACAGCUGAUCAACACUCCUUAUUGGAUAAACUGACAGAUAACCAGUCCUCGAUGACAGUUAAACCCAUGGAUGUCCAACCUUUUGCUUCAGUUCAACCGGAAGAGGCUCUGAUGUCCAACUUGCAGGAUAACAGUGAACAGAGCAACAAUAGUAUUGUUGUGUCUAAGGAUGAGACCACCACUGAUCAACACUCCUUAUUGGAUAAACUGACAGAUAACCAGUCCUUGAUGACAGUUAAACCCAUGGAUGUCCAACCUUUUGCUUCAGUUCAACCGGAAGAGGCUCUGAUGUCCAACUUGCAGGAUAACAGUGAACAGAGGGACAAUAGUAUUGUACUGUUCCAAGAGAAGCCCUUAUAUGACCAGCUCUUAGUCUCUGAGCACUACACUAAAAGAUGUAAUGAGCAACAGAGGUUGAUGUGUGGCCCUAUGUUUACUUCUAUACCCACAAGAAGGAGGACUUGUGGAUAAGUGCAUCGAUACGCCAUUCCAUAAUAUCAUCAGAGGUGGUCAAACCAAUAGACCCGCCAGAUGUCUGUUUGAUUGGAACUAGACGAUUUAUGUACAAAUUCAAAGAUCUUUGAACUUCAGGAAUCUGUGCCAGAGAGUGUUCCAAGUUUUAUGUCAAAUAAAAUAUUUGGUUAACGU